UCUGCGGCCCCUGCUCUCCCGGCUUGGUGGGGUCUCUGCCCUGAGGCCUGGGGAGGCCUCUUUGGCGGGAGUGGUUCUUCUGACCUGUGGCCUCGCGUGGACAAGAUUCGGGAAGAGGACAAGAGCCCUCCACCAUCCUCGCCCCCUCCCCUUUUCUCUGUCAUCCCAGGAGGCUUUAUUAGGCAACUGGUCCGGGAGACUGAGAAAGAAUCCAAGGAAGCGAGACGAAAGAAACAGACAGCACUUGCCCCUCCAGAAAAAGAGACCCCAGAAAUUUCUGCUGACCAACCAAACUGCAAGUCCAGCUGUGACAACAAAUCUGGAAACCAGCAGCCCAGCUCUCCCCAGAACUCAAACAUUCCGGGCAAGGAGAGCGAGGCGGCCGUCACCACAGACCCUGCGCUGGGAACCGGCAUCCGUGGAGAGAAGCCCCAGGAGCCGGGCCCCAGCGAGGCCCCAGCCAAAAAGCCCCUGCCCUUCAAGAGGGGUGUGCGGAGGGGCGAUGUGCUGCUGAUGGUGGCCAAGCUGGACCCAGACUCAGCCAAGCCAGAGCAGAGGACCCCAGCCCGCAACACCCCCUCCUGUGCUGCUACACCCCCGGCCACAGACCCUGGGGAAAAACAAGGGCUGACCCCAGGGACUCCUCCUGCUCCCCAGGGCAACACUGAGGACCCAGCCCUGAAGGCUGAGAAGACCCAGACUGGGAAUCUUGGGGACCCAGGAACUGUGCCACCAACUAAAGCCGAGACGUCUCCAGGCACAGUGGGGAAAGCGGCUGGGGCGCCCCAGACCAAAGGGCUGAAGGGGAGUGAUCCUCAGGGCAAAGAGGGGUCAGGGGAGGGAGGUCAGGCAGGGAUAGCAGGAAAGGGGGGAGGGGAACCCCCAAACAAGAUGGCAAAGGGAACUGUCUCCAAAGACUCAGGGAAUGAAGGGAAGCGGGUUGGAACCCAAACCCAGGUGAGGAAGGUGGGCGCGCCUCUGGAGAGGAAGAGCAAGUGGGGUGCUUUACAGACGCGGAAGGCCGGAGACGGUCAUCUCCCAAGUAAGGCAGACAAGACAGGUGACCCUCUGGCGGCCACGGCAGUGGGGGAAGCCCUGAGAGUGAGGGAGAAAGCAGGUGAGCCCCACGGUGAGCUGGGAAAGGAGGGGCCACGCCAGGAAGAGCCCCGAGAGGCAGGCAAGGCUCAGAGUGAGACAGGGGAAGACAGGAAAGUCCCCACGCAGGUGGAGGCAGGUGGGGAGCCCCCACGGGCCGCUGGGAAGGAGAGCCGUCCUGACAGCAGAGGGCGGGAGGCAGAGGAGGCCUGCACGAGAGAGGACGGUGGGGCCCAGGCCCUGCAGAAGGAGCAAGAAGGACCCAGACAGCCUGCUCUGGAGAGCCAGGUUGAGAAGCCUGACACCCAGGAGGAGAACAAAGAGGGGCUUGCCCUGCAAGAGAGUGUCCUGGGAGGCCAGAGCGGAGACUCAGACCAGGCUCUCGAGGACAGAUGGUACAAGGCAGAGAAGGUCUGGCUGGUUCAGAAGGAUGGAUUUAUUCUUGCAACGGUGCUGAAACCAGAUGAGGGAACAGCCGACCUGCCGGCAGGAAGGGUGAGGCUUUGCAUUGAUGCUGACAAAACUAUCACCGAGGUGGAUGAGGAGCUUGUUCAUCGGGCCAACCCCCCUGAGCUGGACCAGGCUGAGGACUUGGCCUCUCUGGUCAGUGUCAAUGAAUCCAGUGUCCUGAACACUCUCCUGCAUCGUUACCAGGCUCAGCUGCCACACACCUGCACAGGGCCGCACCUGAUCGUCCUCCAGUCCCCCGGGCCCCCAGUGCCCACUGCGGGCAAGGUACCCAGGGGCCGCCGGGAUGGUCUGCUCGCCCAUGUUGGCUCCUUGGCCCAGAGGGCAUACUGGGCACUGCUAAGCCAGCGGAAGGACCAGAGCAUCGUGACUCUGGGCCGGAGUGGUGCUGGGAAGACCACCUGCUGCCAGCAGGUCCUGGAGCACCUAGUGCGGAUGGCGGGCAGUGUGGAUGGCAGCGUCUCAGUAGAGAAGAUCCAAGCCACCUUCACUGUCCUCCGGGCCUUUGGCUCUGUGUCCACCAGCCACAGCCGCUGUGCCACCCGGUUCACCAUGGUGAUGUCGCUGGAUUUCAACGCCACAGGCCGAGUCACAGCUGCGCAGCUCCAGACAAUGCUGCUGGAGAAGAGCCGGGUGGCCCGGCAGCCUGAAGGCGAAGGCAACUUCGAGGUUUUCUCCCAGAUGCUGGCUGGAUUGGACUUGGAGCUCAGGACUGAGCUGUGCCUGCACCACAUGGCAGACAGCAGCUCCUUCGGCAUGGGCACGUGGCAUAAGCCUGAAGAUAAGCAGAAGGCGGCAGCUGCCUUCACCCAGCUCCAGGGCGCCAUGGAGACACUGGGCAUUUCGGAGAGUGAGCGGCGAGCCAUUUGGCGGGUGUUGGCAGCCCUCUACCACCUCGGCGCAGCAGGGGCCUGCAAAGUGGGUCGGAAGCAGUUCAUGCGAUUUGAGUGGGCAAACCACGCAGCUGAGGCCCUGGGGUGCGAGUAUGAGGAGCUGAACACAGCCACCUUCAAGCACCACCUUCGACAGAUCAUCGAGCAAGUGACAUCUGGGUCAAGCCGGCGGGGCCUUGAGGAUGAGGAGUCCAGCUCAGGGCUCAAGAUGACAGGCGUGGAGUGUGUGGAGGGGAUGGCCUCGGGCCUGUACCAAGAGCUCUUUGCUGCUGUGGUCUCACUCAUCAACAGAUCCUUCUCCUCCAACCACCUCUCCAUGGCCUCCAUCAUGGUGGUGGACUGUCCAGGCUUUCAGAACCCCCGGCACCAGAGCAAGGACAGAGCGGCCACCUUCGAGGAGCUGUGCCACAACUAUGCCCAUGAGCGCUUGCAGUUGCUCUUCCACCAGCAGACCUUUGUCUCCACGCUGGAGCAGUACCGGGAGGAAGGUGUUCCUGUACAGUUUGAUCUCCCAGAGCGCUCCCCAGGCACCACUGUGGCUGUUGUGGAUCAGAAUCCCUCCCAGGUCCGCCUUCCAGCUGGAGGAGGUGCUGAGGAGGCCAGAGGCCUGUUCUGGGUGCUGGAUGAGGAGGUCCGGGUGGAGGGUUCCAGUGACAGUGUGGUGCUCGAGCGUCUGCGUGUGGCCUUUGAGAAGAAAGGAGCUGAGGCUGAAGGGACCUCUGCCCUCCGGACCUGUGAGCAGCCCCUCCAGUGCGAGAUCGCCCACCAGCUGGGGCAGGACCCGGUGCGCUAUGACCUCACGGGCUGGCUCCACAAGGCCAAGCCCAACCUCUCGGCCCUAGAAGCCCCCCAGGUCCUUCAGCAGUCAAAACGGGAGGAGCUGAGACGCCUGUUCCAGUCCCGGGCCAAGCUGCCCCCCGUGUGCCAGGCUGUGGCGGGCCUGGAGGGCACCUCCCAGCAGGCUCUGCAGAGAACCUGCGCCGUGAGGAGGGCAUUUGCCAGCAGCUUUGCGGCAGUGAAGAGGAAAGCCCCAUGCACCCAGAUCAAGCUACAGAUGGAUGCAUUGACCAGCAUGCUCAGACGGUCUCAGUUACACUUCAUCCACUGCCUGGUGCCCAGCCCGCGGGUGGACAGCAGGAGUGGGCAGGGGUCUCUGACUCCACCGCAGCCUGGUGGAGACAAGCCCGCGGCAGGUGGGGGCCUGCCCUUGGACAUCCCAGCACUGAGGGUCCAGCUUGCAGGGUCCCACAUCCUGGACGCACUGCGACUGCACAGGACAGGCUAUGCUGACCACAUGGGGCUCGCUCAGUUCCGCCGACGAUUCCAGGUGCUGGACCCUGUGCUCAUGAAGAAGCUCAUGUCAACCUCCGAGAGGAUAGACGAGAGGAAGGCUGUGGAGGAGCUCCUGCAGACCCUAAAUUUGGAGAAGGCAGCAGUGGCUGUGGGGCACAGUCAGGUGUUCCUCAAAGCGGGAGUGGUCUCCAGACUUGAGAAGCAGAGAGAGAAGCUGGCGUCUCACAGCAUCAUUUUCUUCCAGGCGGCCUGCAAGGGCUUUCUGUCUCGCCAGGAGUUCAAGAAGCUGAAGAUUCGCCGACUGGCCACCCAGUGCAUCCAGAAGAACAUGGCUGUGUUCCUAGCGGUCAAGGACUGGCCGUGGUGGCAGCUCCUUGGUUCCCUCCGGCCCCUGCUGAGUGCCACCACUGGGGAUGAGCAGCUCCGUGCCAAGGAGGAGGAGCUUACAACAUUGAGAAAGAAGCUAGAAAAAUCAGAGAAGUCACGGAAUGAGCUCCGGCAGAACGCAGACUUGCUGGAGAGCAAGAUUGCUGACUUGACCACAGAGCUCACUGAUGAACGCUUCAAAGGAGACGUGGCCUGCCAGGUGCUAGAGAGUGAACGGGCUGAGCGGCUGCGGGCAUUCCGGGAGGUCCAGGAGGUGAAGAGCAAGUAUGAGGAAGUUCAGAAGAAUUUGGGAGAAGUGGUGAAGCAGUUGGAAGAAGCGCAGCAGAAAAUUCAGUUGACUGACUUGGAAAGGAGUCACACCGGAGGAGCGGAUGAGUGGCAGACGCGCUUCGACUGCGCUCAGAUGGAGAAUGAGUUCCUCAGAAAGCGGCUACAGCAAUUUGAAGAGAGGUUGGACUCAGAGUUGACAUCCAGGAAAGAGCUGGAACAGAAGCUUGGGGAGCUGCAGAGCGCUUACGAGGGCUCCAAGAACAUGGCGCAUCAGCUGAAGAGGAAGUGCCGCCAUUUGACCUGUGAGCUGGAGGACACGCGCCUCCUGCUGGAGAACCAGCAGAGCCGAAACCAUGAGCUUGAGAAGAAGCAGAAGAAGUUUGACAUGCAGCUGGCCCAGGCCCUGGGCGAGUCUGUGUUUGAGAAGGGACUACGCGAGAAGGUGACCCAGGAGAACACCAGUGUCCGCUGGGAACUUGGCCAGCUUCAGCAACAGCUAACGCAAAAGGAGCAGGAAACCUUGCAUUUGAAGCAAGAGGUGGAGAUGCUACAGGCCCAGAAACAAGAACUGCUGGGGUCUCCCUCUUUGGGGGAAAAUUCCGUUGCUGGCUUGAAGGAGAGGCUCUGGAAGCUGGAAUCCAGUGCCCUCGAGCAACAGAAAAUCCAGAACCAGCAGGAAAAUACCAUCAAGCAGCUGGAGCAGCUCCGCCAGCGCUUUGAGCUGGAGAUCGAGCGGAUGAAGCAGAUGCACCAGAAGGACCGUGAGGACCAAGAGGAGGAGCUGGAGGAUGUCCGCCAGUCCUGCCAGAAGCGGCUCCGUCAGCUGGAAAUGCAGCUGGAACAAGAAUAUGAAGAGAAGCAGAUGGUCCUUCACGAGAAGCAGGAUUUGGAAGGCUUGAUCGGAACUCUGUGUGAUCAGAUUGGCCAUCGGGACUUUGAUGUGGAGAAGCGUCUCCGGAGGGACCUCAGGCGGACCCAUGCACUGUUGUCAGAUGUGCAGCUCCUUCUGGGGACCAUGGAGGAGAGCAAGACUUCAGUCAGCAAAGAGGAGCUGGAGAAAGUGCACAGCCAGUUGGAGCAGAGUGAAGCCAAGUGUGAGGAUGCAUUGAAGACCCAGAAGGCUCUGACUGCAGACCUGGAGAGCAUGCACAGUGAGCUGGAGAACAUGACCCGGAACAAAAGCCUGGUAGAUGAGCAGCUGUACCGGCUGCAGUUUGAGCGAGCGGACCUCCUGAAGCGCAUUGAUGAGGACCAGGAUGACCUGAAUGACCUCAUGCAGAAGCACAAGGACCUCAUUGCUCAGUCUGCCGCGGACAUUGGGCAGAUCCAAGAACUGCAGCUGCAGCUGGAGGAAGCCAAGAAGGAGAAGCACCAGCUUCAAGAACAACUCCAAGUGGCUCAGAUGCGCAUCGAAUACCUAGAGAAGUCCACUGUGGAUCGAGCCAUUGUCAGCCGGCAGGAGGCCAUCAUCUGUGACCUGGAGAACAAGACAGAGUUCCAGAAAGUGCAGUUGAAGAGAUUUGAGGUCCUGGUGAUCCGGCUUCGGGACAGCCUGAUCAAGAUGGGUGAGGAGCUCUCGCAGGUCGCCAUGUCUGAGUCCCAGCAGCGGGAGAACAGCCAGUAUUACCAGCGGCGCCUGGAGGAGCUGAAGGUGGACAUGGAAGAGCUGGUGCAGCGGGAGGCCGAGGCCAGCCGGAGGUGCAUGGAGCUGGAGAAGUACGUGGAAGAGCUUGCAGCGGUGAGACAGACCCUCCAGACAGACCUGGAGACGUCCAUCCGGCGCAUUGCUGACCUGCAGGCAGCCUUGGAAGAGGUGGCGUCCAGCGACAGUGACACAGAGAGUGUCCAGACAGCAGUGAACUGUGGCGGCAGUGGCAGGAAAGAGAUAGAUAACAUCUCCAGCCUCGGUUCCCAGCCAGAAAGCAGUCUGCAGUCCUGGUUGAGUUGCACUCUGUCCCUGGCCACAGACACUGUGAGGACGCCCUCUCGACAGUCAGACAUCAGCAGCCAUGUCCUUAGCCCCAGGAUGAGCGAGGAGGCUGGCGAUGCUGAGAGGACCCGGCCGACGUCUGCACGGAGCGGGGCCAGGGAUGUGCGCAGCAAAGUCUCGGGGGACGAGUCCACGUCUCCCCUCUUGCUCUGCCGCCCAAAGUACUGCCACUCCAGGGACGGUGAAGCGUGUGGCCCCUUGGGAAAGCCCACAGAGAGAGCAGGAACUCCAUGUUCUUCCCUGGCUUCUCAAAGGACAGACAUGUCCCCGCCGUCCAGGGAAAAGCUGCCGAGUCCUUCAGCGGCCCUGUCAGAGUUCGUGGAAGGGCUUCGAAGGAAGAGAGCCCAGAAAGCCUCAGGCUCGCCUCUGAGCCUGGAGGACUGGCCCACACUCCCCAUCUACCAGACCACCAGGGCAUCCACGCUGAGGAGGGCCAGGGCAGGCAGUGAUCAGGGGGACCUCUCCCCAAGGUCUGGGGCAAAAUCACCCCUGGAAACAGAGGGCGCCACUGGGGAUUCAGCCGGCCUCCUGCGGUCCUCCAGCCUGAGAUGCAUCUCUUUGGAGAACAUGGGGGGCACCAGCCCACCCCCAGAGAAGCUCAAGACCCGGUUCAGUUCCUGUGAGUCCCUCUUACAGUUGGGGCCGAGCUUGGGGAGAAAACUGAGCUCCCCGACCACGUCCAGGGACAAGUUAUUGUCCCCAACACUGUGUCCUCGGAGGCGCUGCCUGGAGUCCUCGCUGGAUGAUGCAGGCUGUCCCGACCUCGGGAAGGAGCCGCUUGUCUUCCAGAACCGCCAGUUCGCCCACCUCAUGGAGGAACCUCUGGACAGCGACCCAUUUAGCUGGAAGCUCCCCAGCCUCAACUACGAACGCAAGACCAAAGUGGAUUUCGACGACUUCCUCCCUGCCAUCCGGAAGCCAGAGAUGCCUACAUCUUUGGCAGGAGCAGCCAAAGAUGGACAAGACAGUUUGCAGCACCCAGGCGUCCACUUUGAGAUAGAAGAUGCGGACCGGACCUUCCUCUCAGGGAUCAAGACCAUUUUGAAAAAGAUGCCUGAGGCCACCUCCGACUCCGACUCCUCCUCCAGCUCCUUCAAGAGCGCAGACAGCAUCAAGAGCCGGCCCCGGAUCCCUCGCCUGGAGGGUGAUGGUGGUGAGCAAGCAGCCUUCGAGAACAGAGAGCCGGGAGCAGGGAGGAAAGAGGAGGAUGUUGAGAGCAUAAUGAAGAAGUAUCUGCAGAAGUAGGAGGCUGCCCAGGUAAAUCCCCAGGCCAGACGGGGACGGUACGUCUCAGGGACUGAAAGCCAGCGAGAGCGCGGACGCAGGUCUGGCAGCCUGGAAGGAGCCACAGCUGCUACUGUCUUAAAUGCUGUGACUCAUUUUUCUAGAGACAAGCGUUUUUAGAAGUGUUAGCUGCAAUACUGUGUGGCUGAAUGCAAUACUGUGUGGCUGAAUACCAGAAGCCCUGUGCUCGGGACCGCCUGUUUCUUUGCACUGAACAUGUAGACCCAUCGGAAAGCAAAGAGGGUCCAUGAGACAGGGCGAAAGAAGGUGCUGGACUUUUAAAAUCCCCCACCCUAGGAGCCAACUCUUGAUUUAAAUAUACAGAGAGAAAUUGAGGAUGAAAUGGGGAUGGAGGGACAGGGGGUGGAGAAAGGAGGGACUGAGUACAAAGGUCACGGAGCAGCCCUGUGGGGGAAGCAGCCCUUCUCGCGGCCUUCUUGCUACUCCCAGUCCUAAUCCUGGCAUCUCUGGAAUAAAGGUAGGAAGAGGAAUUCUUUGCAAAUAAUGGCUUAGUUUAUGGAGUGUCUAUCAGGUAGUCACUCAGUACCCACUGCGACCCCAAGAGGUGGUUUGGGCUAUUUACUCCCAUUUUACAGCUCGACAAACUGAGAAUCAAGUGUUCAGCCCCUUGUGCUGGGAUUGGCAUUCCACAAUCUUCACUGUCUGGAUAACACACUGUGGUAUUAGGUGCCUACUCCAGGCCCCUUCCUGAGCAACCUCACAUUGAUGGAGUUGGAUCAUUAGGUAGGCUGCCUCCAUGGAGCCUCAGGACUGAGGUAGAAACAUCAAUCUGAAGGGGUGUUGGAACUCACAGCCUCAGUGUUGAGCAAGUGAGGGUGACCUCAAGAUCAAGGUCGCUCGUCAACCCAAGCCACCCUGACUCCCAGUUCAGUGCUCUUUGCUCUGAGGCAGUGCUGCCCCCACAGCCCCUCCAGGCACCAGGCAUUCCGCCUGAGGAUCCCUGCUGACACACUAAGCCCUUCAGAGGGAGGUGUGGAACCUGCCUCGGGGUUCAGACACACUGCAGACCCAGCCCAGUAACCCCCACUGCCUUCACAAACUCCCUGUGCUGAAUCUCACAACGUGUGGCAGCUCGAGGCUCACGUGUUGCCCGUGGGUGCUCAGCCCACACCUUGCCUCAGCCCCCAGCCCUCCUUCCAGCAGCCUCCAAGACAAAUACCCUGGGCUUCUAAAGACCUGUUUCCUCGAGAGGCACCCCCAGCCCAUCAAAAAGCCAUUGCCACUUCCAUGGAGAUGGGCUUGGACUGUAUUAGAGCAAAUUAAUUUGACUUAACAUGGCCUUCUUUCUGCUCUCAAUUACCGAGCAGAGAUCUGAUACUCAUUUACAUUAUUCUGCUCUCGGGGGGACACGCAGGCAGUUUCAAAGGCCAAGUAAAGGGCACACGUCCACGAGGGGAAGGUCCUUAGCAGAAGGCAUCACAGAACAUCUUGUCUCUGCCACCUCUUUCACUCGCGGCCCCUGCCCCUCGCAGCCGUGCUCACCCGCUAAGAGCACUGCCUCCCCUCGACGUCCACGCUGGAGUCAUGAACUAAACAAAUAGUACAGCCCCACUCCCCGCGAGGCACGCAUAGAUGGGGUUUGGAACCAAAUUGGCCCCCAAAGCUCAGUUCUGCCUUAGAACUGUCCUUGCAACAAAAGCCACACAGCCUUGCCAAGCCUGUGUCCUCAGCUGGGAAGUGAGGAUAAAAAUAUAACUACCCAAAGUAACAUCGGGUGUUGGAUGUGAGAAGUGAAUUUGAGGUCCUGGCACAGAGCCUGGCACCCAGUGGCUUCAGCAAACAUCGCUUACCCGGCACUUAGAGGUUUUGGCCCUUCAGAACUCUGUGCCAAGUUUGCCCCCACUCGUUUCCCUCUGGCGCCUACACCCCUUCUUUCUUCCUGGCUUCUCCGCAGUAAUGUCACCUGGGGAGAAGAGGCUCCAGGGCCUCUGCCCCCUUCUCUCUCCCCAUCAAAGGGUACUCUUCUGCUUAGACCUGCGUUUGUUUGCAGCCUCUGGAGAUGCACUACCCUCGAAGACUUCGGACUCCACAACUGUCUGGAGAGAGACAAGCAGGCCAGACCUCCGCUGGGGCCCUCAGUCCAGAGCAGCUAGCUGAGCCGCCCUCCAGAGGCCGGAGGGGC